CGCAAAUCGUGGCAGUGGCAACUCGCUGAGGCACUUCCUGUUGCAGGCUGCGGUGCCGCGGUGAUUCGUGGCAACUGCCUCGACUCUGUGGCAACUGCCGCGGCGAGUUGUGGCAACUGCCUCGACUCUGUGGCAACUGCCGCGGCGAGUUGUGGCAACUGCCUCGACUCUGUGGCAACUGCCUCGUGUGUUUACUCGGUCAAGAGAGGUAGCUCGAGCGGUGCCAUGAGUUCGGGUACCGGUCCCUCGGUCGGGGGAGCUAAAUGGACCGGUGCUUCGAGUUAAAGGAGCUUUACCACGAUGUAUGGGCUUGAUUCCUCGGCUGGUAGCGGUACCGGGACUUUAAGGGAGAGGUGCCACGACCGCUAAGGGAGCCUUAGCCCCGGUCGAGGCAGGCAGCUCGAGCGGUACCGCGGGUUCAGGUACCGGUCCCUCGGUCGGGGGAGCUAAAUGGACAGAUGCAUUGUGUUAUAGGAUCGUUACUACGAUGUAUGGGCUUGAUUCCUCGGCUGGUAGCGGUACCGGGACUUUAAGGGAGAGGUGCCACGACCGCUAAGGGAGCCUUAGCUCUCGGCUGGUCGAGGUACAUGGAGUUCAAUGGAGAGGUGCCACGACCGCUAAGGGAGCCUUAGCCCCGGUCGAGGCAGGCAGCUCGAGCGGUGCCACGGCUGUAAAGGUAACGGUGCUACGGAGGGUGAGGGUGCUGCGAUUGUUUGGGAGAAGUGCAGUUUCCGUUACUUUUAGUAUUUCAACAAUAUAUGACCGUAUAAUACAUUUUAAGUGAGUUGCCGCGUCGAGUCGUGGCAGCUGCCACAACUUCACGACAGCUGCGUCGACUUUGCGGUAAUGGUGGCUUGACUGUUCCCGUUUUCUUUUCAUAUAUUGACAAUACUAUGCGGUCAUUGAGAGUAUUAGUAUUGUUAGUUGUAAUUGGUUUAGUCAUAAAACGCCGAUAAGUGAUACAAUGGCUUCCCGUUUAAGUCCAGCUAAGAUAAUAUGGACUAAGACCAGUUUGCCCUUGUUGCCUUGGUAACAAAAACCACUUUCCGGCAGCUCCCCGAAGGAAUGCAAAUUGUAAAUAUUGGUAAGAUGCAUUGUAACGUUUAAAAUAUCAUAAGAUCAAGAUCCCAUAAAACCUAAUGGGUUUUAUAUAUGUGUGUGUGUGAGAGUGUGUCUUAGGUAUAUGUGUGUGUGUGUAUAUUUGUAUAUACUUGCUGCAGCAGCUGGUAUAGCUUGCAAAGAAGUAAUCUCGACAUGCAGCUGUACAAUAACAAGUAACGUCUUAGAGAGUCGCUUUUGUUUUUGUUUGUCGCUUGUAUAAACAAAUAUAAGAAGGAUGACUACUUCUAAGUCAGUGUGUUUAUAUGUAUAUAUAAUGUGUUACACAUUUUUUCCACAUCAUUCAAGUUAUUUAGCCACAAGAGUAUAUAGUAUAUCUUUAGUUUGUUGUUGUUUACUAUGUUUUUGAGCACUUUUUAAUAUCACUCUAUACUUUUUGUAAACAGUAACCGUACUUAACUUUAUUAAUUUAUUGUGAGAAGUAAUUUGUUCGCCUGGCUGUUUUUUCAGACACUAGUCUGCUGGUGUAGUUGCUUUGUGUGACACAUAUAGCACUGCCUGCUUAUGUUGCCUAAAUGUUGUGAAUAUAACCCUUAUAUCAGGGAUGGGCAACUUAAAUGAUUGAGGGGGCAGCGCACUUCCUAGCAAGAUUUAUGACAAAAAUGGCCCGGGGCAGCCAGUUGCCCAUCCCUCCUUUUAUAUCAUCAUGUGAAUUCACACAGGUUUUUUUUUUGUUAUAUAGCUUGAAGAAAUGUAUGUUGUUAAUGUAUGUUAUGUGUAAAAUUGUAUAUCAUUGUCUAAUUUACUUUUAAACCUCCAAACAAAUCCAAUUGUGUGUUUGACUCAUUGUUGAAGUAUUUCAAUGUGAUUUAUGUGUUCUAGCCUAAACAAUUGAUAUUUAUUUGGUGAAAUCAGCUAUUAAAUUAUACGUACUAUUUCCAAAGUGCAAAGACUUGAUCAAAGUUUGUCACACACACGCAAAAUGAACAAAUACUCUUUGCAUUUCUAUUCACGCCACAGAUAUUGGCAAAAUAACAAGAGACCCUCUAGUCCUGCCUCUUGAUUACGACAAUGCUAUAAUACAACACAGAUUCAUCAUCUGCAGGCAUAAUAUACCAACAACAUGAUUUGUCCAAGCUGAUCAAAAAAAAUAAAUCGACAAGUUCCGUUUAAUCUUUUUUUCAUUCAUUCUAAAUGGAGUGUAAUUUAAUUGUGGGUGAGCAUGCGUAUCUGCAAUAUCACUUACUUGACUGUCACAAUGCUGGCUAACAGCGGUUUUGCACGUCAAGUUGACAUCACUGUAAUCACAGAAUCUGGUAGUUCAUUCAAAGACAUAAUAUCUUUCGCAUUGCUGAAGACACGUCAGGAGGUGACAGAGAAAGCAAAGUAGUGGUAAGAAAUGUUCAAAUCUUUGCAAUAAAAAACCAAGAUGCAAUUACAGAGAUGAUUUUGAGUCCAGUAAUUUAUAUAGAUGUAAAUACUGGUAACUCAGAUUAUAUACUGAUAUUCAAUUUUAAAUGGGUAUUGAUGGCUUGAUUAUUGUUUGUUCAUAUAAUCACAUACCCAUUAUUUCACAAAGUAAAGAUGACACUUUUAGGUGUUAAAUGAAACAGAUUUUCAUGUAUUAUUAAUUCAUUAUUGUAUUUGUUUAAUUUGUACCUCAAAUGCUCUAUAACUUUUAAUAAUUAAUUUGUUACGACAAACUUCCCGCUGUCCUUCCCAUGGAAGAGGAAGAACAAGAGGAAACUCUUCAGGACCUCCACAAUUGGGAAGAUGACCUAAACGAGGACUCUCCAGCGGAGCUUUUUACUUUUAUUUUCGAACAAAAGAAGCACUACCAAAAGUUCUGCACUGCAAUGCUAGAUGAAAAAAAUUUGAAAGCAUUUGCAAAGUUUGAGCAACAGUAGCGCUGACAAUUUGCUCAAACUAGUGGACGCACACCUCGAGAUGUGCAAUUGAAAAUAUAUAAAUAUAUGAAGCAUUUUGAAUUAAAAGAUUUGCCUCAAAAUGACCUUUGCCAAAAGGGUGACCUUCCACAAUGAAAAAAAAUGUUUGGGCUUGCAUUGUAAACCUCUUGUGUGGAAUGAAUUUAUGUCAAUUUGAUUUACCUACCAAGACAAAUAGAAACUACAUACUUAGUGGUAGGUGUCACCAUAACUAUAAUUGGAAUUUACAUAUGUAAGCUAUGUAGAUAGAUAUGCAAGAGUACACAACUUGUGUCUUCCUAUUACCACUAGCUGGUUAUAUUAAUACUAAUCAAAAUCGUCACAUGGCUAUCUUCAGGGAGGAGAGGAGACUAAAACAUGGCAGUUGAUUUACAAUACAUUUCUUUUUCAUGGCAAAUGGUUUUUUUUCCACCACCAUCCAACGGGUACAUAGUGUGUACAAAGUCUAUGAUCCUUUAAUAACUACUUCCAACUACAGUCCUGUCAAGACAGACAUAAAAGAAAAUAAGUUACAUGAAAAUGUGUCCAUUGGUAUGUAGUACAAAAAUAUGUAUAUCUAUCAAAAAGAUGUCAGGGGUUCUUAUUAUUUCAAAUGUUAUAAUGCAUCUUAUCUAUAUUUUAAAUGUGUUUACUGUUACCAAGGCAACACGUGCCCGUAGUAGUUCAGCUGGACUUAAACGGCAAGCCAUUGUAUCACUUAUCGGCGUUUUAUGACUAAAUAAAUUACAAAUAACACUAGUACUGUUAAAGGGCGUAUUGUAUUGUCACCUGCUGGCCAAUUAUAAAACAUAAAUGUCACCUAUUUGGCAAACAAAAACGGCAAGUGUCGAGGCACCACUGCCGACAAGUCGAGGCAGUUGUCGUAAAAACGGCAAAGCGUCGAGGCACCACUACCGCAAAGUCGACGCAGCUGUCGUGAAGUCGUGGCAGCUGCCUCGGGGUCGAGGCAGUUGCCACAGAGCCGAGGCAGUUGCCACAGAGUUGAGGCAGUUGCCACAGAAUCGAGGCAGUUGCCACGAAUCACCGCGGCAGUUGCCACAGAGUCGAGGCAGUUGCCACGAAUCACCGCGGCACCGCAGCCUGCAACAGGAAGUGCCUCAGCGAGUUGCCACUGCCACGAUUUGCGCUAGCUUCUACUGUCCGUCUUUUCUCCGUGAACGCGCACACGCGUGCCGGUGCAGAGAUGCGCGGGAGGCGACCGGAACACGCGGUUUCUCUCUCACUCCACUCUCUGCCUUCGAGACGCAGAGGAGAUCCGCCUCGGAGGCUACCGUCGUCAUCGACCUGGCCAGACUCGAGUAAACCAGGUCAUCCAACUGCACGGAGUGCCCGGCGCUGGCUCAGGCUGCAGCCAUGCCUCUACUGGAAGAGACCGCUCCGCCGCAAGAGCACCCGCCCACUGUCCCCGUGGUGAUCAUAGGCAACGGCCCAUCGGGUAUUUGUUUGUCCUACCUGCUGAGCGGACACAAGCCGUACCUGGAUACAGCAACUGUCCACCCGAACCCAAUACUGUACAGGAAGCUGCAGGAGACCAAGCACCUUUCUAUUACUGAGCAGGACCUGGAAUAUUUGAGUGAAGGUCUCGAGGGGAGGUCAAGGAACCCCGUAGCUGUGCUUUUUGACACACUGCUGCACCCCAAUGCUGACUUUGGCUACGAGUUGCCCCCGGUCCUUCAGUGGAGGAGGGACAAGCAGCAACACAUCCCACAUCUGGUGCUGGGGAGGGCAACACCUGGAGGCGCCUGGCAUGCGAUGGAGGGAUCAAUGCUGACCAUUAGUCUGGGCAUCUGGAUGGAGCUUCCCGGGGUUAACUACCGGGACUUGACCAACGGGAAACACAGGGAUGUAACCAGUGACAGAGCCACCCCAGAGGAGAUCUCAUCCUAUUACCGUAACUAUGUCAAGUUGAAGGGCCUGCAAAAGAAUUUUGUCGACAACACCUACGUGACUUCUGUCCAGAAACUGUGUCGGGAGCAGGAGGGGGGAGGCCCGGAGGACAGGCACAGGGGUCAGGGAGGCGGAGGGGUGGGAGAUGGGGGCGGGUUUGAGGGAAAAGGCGUUGAGUGUCUAAGUAAUGGAGCAGGGGGGGCUCUCUGGGAGGUGAGGGGAUACCAGCAGGUGCAAAACGACACCCACGUGCCCUUCGCUCUGUUUGCGGAGAACGUUGUACUGGCCACCGGUGCAUCCGACUCGCCGGUUCGACUGGGCGCAGAGGGCGAGGACCUUCCCUUUGUAUUCCACAGCACCUCGGACCUGGGUUUGGCCGUGAGCCAGAGAAAACUGGACAUGAACUCUGAUCCGGUCUUGAUUGUCGGUGCCGGUUUGAGCGCUGCCGACGCGGUCCUGUGCGCUUGCAACAGCCGCAUAAGAGUGCUGCACGUCUUUCGUAAGGGCGUCGGCGACCCAGACCUCAUCUUCAAGCAGCUGCCCAAGACCCUGUACCCAGAGUACCACAAAGUCUACAACAUGAUGUGCUCUCAAAGCUACACAAACACAGCUCCCUCCUCUGCUCUAAACAGACCCCAGGCAGUAAGUAUUGCCUCCUCGGUGUGUGCCAAGAUGUGCCCGAAGCCCCAACUCGCGGCGGGCAGCGUGGCCGGUGGCGCCGGCGCCGGCCUGUUUCCAGACUACACCAGCUUCCCCGAACACUGCUUGGUUUCCUUUCAGUCCGACAGGAAGUGUUUGCUGCAGGGGAACAACUCCCUCAAGGCAUUCAAGAUCUCCAUGGCCCUCGUGCUGAUCGGGACGAACCCCAACUUGUUUUUCCUGAAGGGCCAGGGCCAGUACCUGGGUCAGGAUCCAACCAAACCCAUCUCCUGCACGCAGAACCCCAUCGACAUCCACCCCUACACCUUUGAGUGUUCCAGGGAGCCAGGUCUGUUCGCCAUGGGCCCGUUGGUGGGAGACAACUUUGUUCGCUUUUUGAAGGGCGGCGCUUUGGGCAUCGCCUCGUGUCUGCUGAAGAGACUCAAGCAGAAAGGGACGCUCAUCGGCGACGGGGGGGGCAACUUCAUCUGAAAACACGGUUGGGAAACGACAGGUUUCCAGAGUCUCUGGUUCUGACUUCACGAGAAGGGCAGAAGUCCAGGCUGCCAUGUGCCAACGUUUUCCAGUUAAUAAGUAAACCUUCAUCGGGGCUGUUUAUUAGUUCACCAUGUGUCUUUCGCUGCAUGUAUCAACAGCAGUUAAAGGUGGAGGCUCAUUAUCCAUGUAACUUGUAGUUAUUGUGAGAGUGACGGGCACACGCUGAUCUAUCUGUGGUCUCGCUGACAAAGUUUCAUCCGAACUCCAAGACAAACUGUAAGUGGUGAGUAAUUGCAAUAGUACACAAGCUUUAACUCGAGAGCGUGUUACCAAACAGGUUUAUGGCAAUCUUGAUGUUCCUGAUUAUUUCUGAGCCUACCAUUUAACUUGAGAAGAUUCGUUGUUGGUAGUUGAAGCCAUACAUCUAAAAAGAAAAAGUUUGAAAAGGUCUAAUAAAGUGUUGCUGCGGUUAUAGUGCUACUGAAGCUGUCUGAGAGCUUUCUAUGCAAAUAAUUUCCCCUGCAGAUCUGACUGUAUUCUUGGACAAACACAUCUGCUGUUCAGAUUGGCACAAAAAUAGUGUUAAACAUUUUUCUUAUUUUAUUGAAUUCUAUACAAUAUGCAAUGGAAAUCCUGGCAUUUAGAAACUAAUUAUUUUUUAGAUUUACACUCAGAACAAAAAGACGCCUGAAUGCACAUCAUGUUGUGAAUGUUUUCCCAUUUGGAGGCGUACUUUGUAUUCAUCAAAAUAAGUCAUUCUGUCAAUUGUGUCACCCCACAAAGAUUAAAUAGGAGAAAAUAAAGAUGGGCACGGUGUUCUAAUGAGAGGGUUCUUUAACGUCAAAAGAAAUAUUAGAAAAAUGAAUUAAAAAAACAGAAAACGUGAGUGUGGUCCUUUAAAUGAUUAACAAUAAAUCAUGACUAAAACCUAUUAUCAAAGGUAUAGUUCUUGCCUUCGUAAUACAUUUCUCUAAACCCUCAUCUGAACCAAUUUAGAUGCACGAGGAGAGAA